GUGUUUUGGUUUUUGCGUCCGUUAUAACUAAGCGUUUCUGAGAAAUCUUCGAAGAACAGCGUGGGCCCGACCGUAGCGAGAGCUGGGCAUUAACGGUUUAUGAGACGUGAUUGACAGUUUCUGACGAUAGAAACAGAUCCGGCGGAUUCAAGCAGUUGGUAAAAGUUUGGAUAGUCGCCGUUCAUCUUUCCUGGUGCCGGUCAAGUCCUCUUUGAACAAGCAAUAUCUGGAACAUUUUUGGAAUUUUCUCAAGUUCAACAAUUCCUGGGUCAAAGAAGGGACAGAGUGUCUUGGAUGCAAACAGGAAAGUAAGUCAUGGUGACUUGUCUGUUAAUUGUAACGAUGUGUCUGAUGUUAAGUAUGACAUGGUUGGUGUUACUGUUUCGCCGUUCAGGGAUAAUAGGAACGUCAAACUCCCUAAAUUUGAACCACGGUGUUUUGAUGGAAACCCGGCUGUUUAUUUACAAUUUGUAAAGGAGUUUGAGAUCAUGUUGAGUGGUUUUCUACUAAGUGAUGAAUUGAAGUUAAUGUAUUCGAUGGGAUAUUGCACUGGAGAUGCUGCAAGAGCUAUACAGUGCUGUAAGUUUAUGAAGCCAAAAGAGGGCUACGAAGAGGCUAUGAGCAUAUUACGUCAAACGUUUGGAAGACCUUCGAUGAUCGCAGGGAAAUUAUUCGAGGCUGUUAAGGGUAACGGUGGUCAAUUACAGGAUGACUCCCAGGCACUUACUGAGUUUUUAGAUAAUUUGCUAAUUUACAAGAAUGGAAUGAUUUCGAUGAAUCGCAUGAGUGACCUCAACUCGAGUUUUAUACUAGAAGUAAUAGCAAGACGUCUACCUACUCGACUGCAAAGGAAGUGGGUGAAGAUAAGCUCCCGUAUGGAGGAUGAGGGUAUCGAGCCAAAGUUUGAUGAUAUCCUGAAACUGGUAAAUACUAGUGUCAAUCAAUCUAUGAGCAAGUUCGCCAGUCUAUUACAUCUCACCCCUAGAAUAGAGCAGUCUGAGAGCAAAAUGCAAUCAUUGAUGACGAGUAGGCCUCAAAGAGGUCGAUAUCGAGAAGACUCCAUGAUGUCUGGUAACGCAUAUAGACCUAGUGAGCGUAACAGGUUUCUUAGUACAUCCUCAACAGAUAAGUUACAAGAUGCAAGACAAACACGGCUUUGUUUUACACGUGUGAAAGUGGUGCAUACAGAAGUGAACUGUGAACCAGUAAGCAAGUUCAGUGAUAAGCUAAAUGUAAACUCCAGGCCUGACUCCGAAUUGUGUGACGAUAACGUUGUUGUGAAGAAAUCUGUAGUUGCAACUGGUAAGCCGUUGCUGAAUAGAGUGUCACAGAAUAGAGUUACUGCUUCAGAGUGGAGUUCUGACUCCAAAAGUUUACAAGGUAUUACUAGUCAGGGUGAAGUUAUAAAACCUUUUAUGAUUUGCGAGGAGGAACCAAAAUUGUCUACUUCUGUUAUUAAAGAGUUUGAAAAUGAUGAAGUUGACAGUAAAGUGAAUAUUCGUGAUAAUGAUCAUGAUACUUCACAGUUGUCUUUGGUUGAUCAUGAUGAGAUGAGGGAUAUGCCUACUACUGCUAGUUUAAUUAAAGGUUCUGGACAACUACAACGUGAAGUAGAAAUAAAUGCAGAUGCAGUUCCAGAAGGCAUGCAUACUUGUGAGACCGUCAGUGUGAUUGAUCAGCAUGUAGCCCACCUAUCAUCAGAUGCUAGUGCUAAACCUGAGCUGAUAGUAAAAGACAGCAGUGGUGGUGGUCUUGGAGGUAGACAAAUUUCUGAAAGCCGAGCAACAACAGCUUUUGUUCCACCGCUAACUUCAUCAACUGAUAACAAUCAGUCGUCGUUGGUGCUGUCAUCCACAAUAAAACAGACGCCCAUCAACUCAAGUAUCUUGUGCAAUGACUAUGCUAGUAUCAGUUCGUUUGAAAGGACGAAUAUCAAUGGUCAGUUUAGUGAGGAUAAGCCAAGUGUAAGCGCGAGAGUAAUUGUUAAAUUGACUUGCACGAAUAAAGGCAUUUCUAGUUUCAAGUUACUAUUUGAAUGUUAUUAUCUUUGGUGUAAAUUACUCUGUUUGUACACUUGGUUGAUGAAAUAUGUCGUGUGUUUGUUGGUCAUCUAUAUUCCACGAUACAAUGACAUGAGCGUGUUGCCGUUCAGAUUUGAGGAUAUAGCUGAUAGAAGGAAGUCAGCAAAUGAACUCUGCGACGAUUUUCCAACCUAGGGCGUCAACCUGAGAAGGGUUGUAGGCGUACUGCUGUAAGUCCUACAGUUCUUCCUGGGUAGUUCGUCAUGCCAGAAUCCACUUUUUUAUGUGUUGAUUGUGCAUAUGUUUGUGUUAAAUAUUUGUGUGAGUUCCAAUUGAUGUAAUUGUUGGUUAAUCUUGUUUGUGUCUGGACAUUCCACAACUUAUAAUCGUCAACCUGAGAAGGGUUGUAGGCGUACUGUUGUAAGUCCUGCAAUUCUUCAAAGGAAUUCCACCAAGACAUGAUCCGCGAGGUUAUUUGUACUGUUUGUGUAUACGUGUGGUGUGUCUUCGCAAUUUGUUAUUUGGGAUCAGUUGUGGUUACUCGUUGUUUUCGUGCCUUGUUUUUAUUGCAUAAUUUUGUUAAAAUUUUCGUCGUGAUUACUUCUGAAGUUCUUUCUUGUCUUCUACAUCCAUGAAUGAAUUUAUUGAUGUUAGAUACAGCAGAUGGGUCGUGUACGCCGGGGAGGCUAGGCUAUUGCUGAGAAUGAAACGCACACGGAGAUAAUUGUUAGCUGCGGUCCGACACGCCAGGGAGAAAGAGUGUAAACGACUGAGGCUCGCAUGCGUCACCGCUACUAGAACUGAGGCAGAAUGAGUGACAAGCGAUUGCAGUGGUAAUUGGUAGUGAGUAAUUAAAAGGAUGUGCGUAGAAUAUCGUGAGGUCCCGCCAUGGUCACGUUGCAUUCUGCAAGAGUCAUUCUAGCAAAUGGCGAUUGUGUUGCAAGGUUUCAACGGGAGGUCUCUGUCUGGAGGCGCAGGUCGUCAGUGAUGUGUGAGAUUGUGCUGUGAGUGUGCUUGUGGUGUGUUGGCUUUGCUGUUUGUUUUCCAUUUCAGCUUUGUCCGUGUGACCCAGGUUCUCGCAAUGGCAUUCAAGUCAAGGUGUAUUGGUCGUGAAGUAAAAGUGGGUUGGAUCCUAUUUUUACCGGGGAGUGUCAAUGGAGUUGAAGAUUGAACGAUCAAUUCAUGGUUGUUUGCUCAAAAUCAACUUCCCCAAUUGUCGCGGAGGCAUCAAUACGACAGUCAUCGUCUCAUCGGUCGCUGUUCAGAAAGAAGAGUGAAACAUCCUCAGAAACCUUAGUUUGCUUAGUUCGCUUAUUCCUUUUAUAUGUCGGUGUAACAAUACAGAAAUAUCAAACGGGAGAUCGGUGUUUUGGUUUUUGCGUCCGUUAUAACUAAGCGUUUCUGAGAAAUCUUCUAAGAACAGCGUGGGCCCGACCGUAGCGAGAGCUGGGCAUUAACGGUUUAUGAGACUUGGAUGACAUGUGGUGUUUCAUAUCAAUUGGUGUUUGUCUGUGGGAACAAUAUGAUAACC